AUGGCUUGUNCCCUCUCUCUCGCCUCAGACCAGGGCAGUUUUGAAAUGGCGAAUGCCAGUUACUGGUGUUGGAUCGAAGUAAACCUCGAUCGCGUAGGACAACGAGAUCGUCACUGUCUUCGGGUUCUGCAGGUUGCCCCGGUCACUAGACCAGGCAACAGUGCAUUGUGGCAAGACACUACGGUAUUGGAUUUCGUUCCAGUAGCUGUGACGGGUCUCAAGUCUUUGGAAGAAAUGAAUGAUUGCGUUGAUGUAGGGGAUGAAAGUUUCGAUACUACGCAAAUGUCUAUCGAACAAGAUGACGAAUGCCAAUCUCCGACUUACGGUGUUUGGUGGAUUGCACAUCAAACUGACAAACGAAACGGAUCAUUGGAGAGUGCGUACCAAGUCUGUUGGUCGGCACCAGUGCAAUGUCAAACGGCUUGCUCCUCCAUGAUAGAACGCUCCUGUGCUUCGGCACCAGGCUGGCGUCCUUACGAGCCCAUUGCGAAUUGGCGUCGCUUUCCCCCAUUAUUUGAAGAUGAUGACGGUACAGCGCAAAUGGAUGAUUCCGCUCCGUCGCUGGAGAUGGUAGAGUCGUUUCUGGACUUCAUGUUUCAACCGGGUCGUUUGUCCUGGUUCGCGAUUGCCAAUGCACUGAAGUCCGUUCGAAACACCAGUCAACUACAGGACAGCGAUCCCUUUAGUGCUGCGGAAAACCUGGAUGAACUGCGAUCCCAAGUGUCGAGUAUGCUUAUGACUCAGAUUCCCUAUCACAACAACGUAUCCGAAUUUCGUACGAUGCUAAAAACGUUCUACGCCACCGCUGUUGACUAUCACGAACACGCGUUACAACCUCUGGGACUGUUACAAAUCCCCUAUGCAUCAGCUUUGCUGCCUGUUGGAGUCGGGACAAAAUCACGUCUGCCUUUCGCCCCGGGUCUGGUGGUUGUCCGACGUUGGGGUUUUUCCAUGCUUCGUCCAUUGAUGUCCUGUGAACAUGUGCUGUGGAAUCCAUUGUUAACCUGUUCAUCAAAAUCCGAACCGGGUAUGUUUUAUACCUAUGUUUUUGCGUCUACACAUCCCUCUGCGAUACAAAACGGACGGGAGGAACCUCAUUGUUGA